UCUUCCGGCCUCUUCCCCUACUCGUCCCUGUUAUCUCCUUCACGCACACGCACCCCUCGCAAAUCCCCCCAAAACCCUAAACCCUCUACUUUUUAAUUCCUCCUCCUCUUCUUCUUCUUCUUCUUCUUCUUCUUCUACUAGUACUGGUGCGAUUGUUUUGUGUCAAUGGCUACGGUCGCUUGGGCCACGGGCCACGCAUGUUUCCACUCCCAAGUCCCUUCUCUAAUUCACCCUAAGAAUCCUCCGUUUUCGCGAAAUUUGUUGCUUCGCUCGGAAUUGCUUGGGCACGCAUUGCUAGUUAAGCCCGAGGAGCUCCGCUCCGUCGCCAGGAAGAGCUCUGUCGGCGGCGGCGGCGGAAUCCGAAUGUCGUGGGACGGGCCCCUCUCCUCCGUUCGGCUCAUCGUCCAGGGCAAAAAUCUCGACUUGACUGAUAAGGUGAAGAAGCACAUAGAAGACAAGGUAGGAAAGGCCGUUAUGAAGCACAGCCACCUCGUCCGGGAGGUUGAUGUUCGAUUGUCUGUUCGCACUGGAGAGUUCAAAGGUCCCAAGCUCCGUCGAUGCGAGGUUACUCUAUUCACCAAGAAGCAUGGAGUGAUUCGUGCAGAGGAGGAUUCAGACACGACGUACGGGAGCAUAGACUCAGCUGCAUCAAUCAUACAGAGGAAGCUGAGGAAGAUUAAGGAGAAAGAUUCGGACCACGGGCGGCACAUGAAAGGGUUUAACCGUCUUAAGGUUCGGGAACCAGAGAUACAGAGUGUUCGGGAGCCAGAGGUACAGAAGGUUGAGAGGGAGGAUGAGGAAGAAGAACAGGAUUUGGCUGCUCCAGGUCUCGAAGAAGAGGAUGGAGAAGUACUAGACAAGGUUGUGCGCACCAAGUACUUCGACAUGCCACCUUUAACUGUUGAAGAGGCACGAGAGCAGUUGGAGAAUGUCGAUCACGAUUUCUAUGCCUUCAGGAAUGAAGAAACUGGUGAGAUAAACAUCUUAUACAAGAGAAAAGAUGGAGGAUAUGGCUUGAUAAUACCUAAGGAUGAUGGCCAGGUUCAGAAAAUCACAGAAGAGCCUGCAAAAGAAGAGAAAACCGUGGCCGAGCAGUUAAGUGGGUGAUCUUCAUGGGAACACUGCGAUUUGUAAAUUGUAAACUCUUGUUAUUCCAAGUUAAUUCCCUUAGCUUUUAGGUCCCUAAUGCAGUUUCAAGGGCAAUUUUCGGCCCUUUUUUUCCUCCAUGCAUCAGGAAUAUGGGACUAUAUGUGAGAAUGUAUCUUGGAAAGUUUUGUUAUAGUUGCAAUUACUACUGAUAAUUGAUUGCAACUGCUGAUAAUUGUACUUGUACAGUUGGUGUUGUUUGUGGUAAUAACCUUAGAAAAGAAAAAAAGAUAUGCUUUGCUUUUGUUACCCAGUGAA